CUGCGGUCCUGUGAUUUUGUGCAAGUUCAAGGUUGUUACAAAAAUGGGACGAUAUAAGUGAAAAAUAAGUGUUGAUAAAAUGAAUUCCAUUAGUUUAUGACUUAAUAUUGAUAUGGGUAGAAAGAAACGUGUAGUUGGAAAGAUCAUCUGGGGACCCCGAAAAGGCCACACGAAGGAUAAUGGAGUGGACCCCGGGGCAGGACAAGCCAGUGUGUACCACGCCUUGGUUGUGAUCUUUCUAGAGUUCUUUGCUUGGGGACUGCUGACCUCGCCACUGAUUGAAGUACUAAACAAUACAUUUGCCAAUCACACUUUCCUCAUGAAUGGGUUGAUACAAGGUGUUAAGGGCUUGCUGUCCUUCCUGAGCGCUCCUUUGGUGGGGGCGCUGUCAGAUACAUUUGGAAGAAAGCCUUUUCUUCUGAUCACUGUCUCCUUCACAUGUGCACCAAUACCACUGAUGAAAAUCAGUCCCAUGUGGUAUUUUGCCAUGCUUUCAAUAUCGGGUAUCUUUGCUGUGACAUUUAGCGUUGUAUUUGCAUAUGUUGCUGACAUCACAACUGAUGAGGACCGUGGUCAGGCAUAUGGUCUUGUGUCAGCAACAUUUGCAGCAAGCUUAGUUACAAGUCCUGCAUUAGGUGCUUAUCUAGGAAAAGUUUACAGUGACAAUUUUGUGAUAUGGCUGGCAACAGCCGUAGCAGUGUUAGAUGUUUUAUUUAUACUAGUGGCAGUACCAGAGUCGCUGCCUGAUAAACUCCGCCCCGCUAACUGGGGAUCACAGAUUUCAUGGGAGAAAGCAGACCCAUUAGGUGCAUUAAAGAAAAUAGGCCAUGAUAAAUUAAUAUUACUUCUAUGUGUAACAGUCUUUCUGUCCUACCUACCAGAGGCGGGGGAGUACUCAUGUUUCUUUGUUUACCUGAGAUUAGUUAUGAUGUUCUCAGCUCAGGAAGUUGCAUCUUAUAUAGCUAUGGUUGGUGUUUUGUCUGUUGUUGCUCAAACGCUUAUUUUAGCACUGUUAAUGAAAUACGUUGGACAUAAGGGGGCCAUUGUGUUCGGUCUUGUGUUUGAGAUUGUGCAGUUGGCCUGCUUUGGAUUUGGAUCUCAGACAUGGGUGAUAUGGAUGGCUGGCUGCAUUGCUGCCAUGUCUAGUGUUGCUUAUCCCGCCAUCAGUGCAUUCACAUCAUCCCAUGCAAGUCCAGAUCAACAAGGAGUUGCGCAGGGCAUCAUCACUGGUAUCCGGGGCCUCUGUAACGGACUCGGACCAGCUCUGUUUGGUUUUAUAUUUUACCUCUUCCAUGUGGACCUUAAUGAAACCACAGAUCCAGAUAACAGGGUCAUAUCUCAUGACAAUAACACAUACCACAAAAUCCAGUCAGCAAUACGGAGCAUAGUUCCUGGUCCCCCGUUUGCUUUUGGUGCUAUUCUAGUCAUAAUGGCUCUUCUAGUAGCUGUCUUCAUGCCAGAAAACCCUCAUGGCAGUGUUCAAAUUGGCAAAUCAAAAGUCCGACGGCAAAACUCCUUGACAUUAGAAGCUUUCCACCCAGAUAAAGGCUUUAGAGAAGACCAGUCUCCAUUAAUUAGUCUCAGUGAUGCAGAUCAAAAUCCAUAACUUCAAACAUAAAAGGGACCAAGAUUUAAUCCUAAGCUUGAAGCAGAUGAAACUGUGAUGAGAAGUGUUGAUUCUGAAGGCUAUCAGAAGUAUUAUGUUACAGGAAGGAGACACAAGUCUUGGUGCAUAUGGUUUAUUAAGCUUUGUGUCAAGGUGCUUCGGAUGCCAUUAUAUCCACUAUAUUGGACCUCUGUUACAUAAAUUUAUUUCAGCAAAGUUUUAAUUUGAGUGGCAAGAGACAGCAUUCUUUCCUGUUGCUUGAUACGAUGUACAUGUAAUGUAAAAUGUGCCAAUAGAGUGGGCCUUUGUGUAACACUACAUGUUUUAUUAAGUACAUCCGUUGAUUUUAGCCUCAUUUGUAUAUCUUUCUAAGAAGAUUAUUUUAAAGUAUGUAUCAGUGUUUUGGCUUCUUCUUUUUUUUUUUUCAUUUGCCAACAUGUAAUUUUUUUUAUUUUGUACAUGUAUGUUUGAAUAGGUGGAAGGUGGUACCCAAAAAAAGCAAAAACGAUGAGUUCAGAGAACUUGAGAUUGUAAAUUCAUACACAUGUAUGUAUAUUGAUGAAAUGUUUGUUCAGUGUAGAUGUUUUGUUGCAAAAGUUGUCCGACACCAAAAAAUAUAGGAAAAGAAAAUUUGUGAAAUAACACACACACACCCCCCCCCCCCCCCCCCCCCCCCCCCGUAUUUUUGUUACUUGGCUUCUUAUUUUUUGUAUGUAAUUAAUGUUAAUUAGGAUAUUAAUGAUAUAUGAAUGAUAGAUAUGAGUAGGUAUUGCAAAUCAAAUUAAAUGUGUUGAUGUACGGUUGUCUUCUACUAUCAGGGAAUAGAUUCUCCACAGUUUCCAAGCAAAAAUAGAUGUCUGAAGAAGAAAAAAUAGCAUCAUUGUUUGUUUUUUCAAUGCAGUGCUGAAUUUGUGUGCAACAGAAUUGACAUUAUGAAUUCAAUGUCUGGCUUCCUGUUGAGCUGGUUGGAGUACUAAGUUGUUUUAUUUAUUAGUAACUUAUUUCUUUGUAGAAUAUUUGAUGACCAGUUGACAAUCAGUAUUCUUCACACGGAAUAUAAAAUUUUCUCAUUAACAGCUCUUUCCUGUUAUUUUUUGUUCCAUUAAAAAGCACAUUAUAAUCUGAAAUAAGAGCAUGACCAAGCUGACUCCUCUUCUCUUCAGAAGACUUGGUCAAAUGUGAUGACGCUUUUCUUCCGUGGUUCGACGUCAUUAUAUUGAAGACCUGUGUUUUCAGACGAACUCUUUGUCAGUGAUAUAUUUGUCAGUGUGUAGGUAUAUGCAGUAAUGCUUGAUUUUUAAUUUGUUUAAAUAAAAGUAUGUCUCUGUUA